AUGGGACGAUUGGUGCGACCGGUUCCACGAGCUGAAGAGCCAAGCCAAGCCUCAACAGCUCCAAAGCAGCCCACUUUUGGCACGAUCCCGUGCUUGCACCUGCUUUUACCUCCCCCACUGUCCGCCAAGCUGUACCUAGGCUGUGCAUGCUGGCAAUGGCUGGGCGGGCUGUGA